UGGAACAGAAUGAUAAGGAAGCGAUACCAGAGGUGUUACCAGAGAUAUCAGCACCUAAUAAUAACACGGACAACAAUUUACUUAGUAAACCCCCCACCUCUUCUGUAACUCAGGACAAAGAAUCUCGAUCACAUAAGAAGAAAUUAGAAGCAGAAAAUAUCGUGCAGGAU